GAAUAUAAUGUUAUAAUGACAGUGUUUAUUUUCCUUAUAAAUUCUUGAGGAAAUUGUUGUGUUCGUUGUGGGUAACGUGCAUUGUUUCAUAAAGGAAGCUGUGACUAUUUUCCAGAAAAAACAGCCAGGUCAUUUUUUUGUUCUGCGUUUUUCUAAUUGCAUAUUAUCUUUGAAUCUGAAUUUUUGAGUGUCAAAGGUAAUUUCACUUUUAUUUUAGUUCAAUAAUAAUACUGUAACAUAACAUUUUUAUACAUGUCACAAGAACACAUGUAUUAACUAGAUGAUUUUAACAAUGGCGGGUCGUUCAAUUGGCUAUGUUUGGAUUGCACACGUUAGUCUAACUACCUUGAGGAAUUUACUCUCACUGUCAAUGUUAUCGAUUGUCAAUGCAUUUCAAAGCCAUUCAAAACCUUUAACAAAAGUUCUGUUUUUUCCUGAUAAAAAAAUUGCAUGUAAAUCUUUCAUGAAAACAAAGAAGUGUGCUGCUAAAGAUUGUCACUUUUCACACGAAGAGACCUCUCUAACAUUACUCUUAACUUGUCUUGCAUCUUCACGAAAGAGUUUAGAUGUUUGUGUAUUCACUAUAACAUCACAAGAUUUAGCUGAUGUUUUAAUACAACAGCACAAAGCUGGCAUUGUGGUGCGUGUCAUUACAGAUUGUGAAAAAAUGGAUUUGAACUGCUCACAAAUAGAGCGAUUUCGUGCAAGUGGUAUACAAGUACGUCACGAUAAGACAUCUUACUUUAUGCAUCAUAAGUUUGCAAUUGUCGACAAAAAAGUGUUAAUUAAUGGUUCUUUUAAUUGGACUAGGCAAGCAAUUACUGGCAACCAAGAGAAUGUAAUAAUCACUGAAGCAGUUGAUCUGAUCAAACCAUACUGCAAGCAAUUUGAACAUCUAUGGGAAACAUAUAAGCCUGAAUAAUUAGUUUUUGUUUGGGCUAAUGUGGGACAUAAAACAUUGCAUAGAAACAAGACAACUGCAAACAUAACACACAAUGCAUGUGAAACAAAUGCAGGAUUUCUGCUGCAUCACCUUGUGGGUCAAUGGAUGUCAGGAAAUUACUAAUUACACAAUCCAGUCAGAUAAUAUAAAGAAAACUGCAAACCAUAUAGCAUAGCUCGACAGUUCCUAUUGUACUUAAUUGUCAUUUUGGAUUAAUUUGUGUCGAUGGGUAAGACUCUUUUUUGUUGAAAUAGAUAAUCUUGUAAAACAUAUUUUCUAUAUGUUAAACAUGGUAUGUUAAAUGCAUUACAGACCAUAUUAAUAAUGUAUACAAGAAGUUGAUAAAGGAAUAUACAAAGAAUUCAUCUUUAAUAUCAGCAUAAUGCAUAACAAAUAUGCAGUUGAAAUCAAUCAGUUUUUGUAGAUGUAUGAUAAUUAAUAAGUUGUUGAUUUGCUGAAAUUUCACUGAUCCCAACAACAAUUAAUGUUUAACACCUUACAGCAUUUGUGUUCUGACCCUGUUCCAAAAUAAUAAUUUAUUUUUUUUAGAAAUUUCAUAUUUUUCAGUUAAAAGUGCUUUCCUCUGGUGUACUUAUUAUCUAGAUAUUUUAAACAUCGAUGUACCUAAAAGCAUAUACAAAUGUUUUCUGCAUUACAACAGUUUUCACAAAAUUUACCCCAGAAAUAGAAUAAUUUCAAUUAGAACGUUAACAAUGCAAAACUUCAGUUAAUGUAUGACACAACCAGGUAGAUAUAACCAGGCGACCAAGUUUCUCACUUUAAAGAACACAAAUUCUGGGUUUAAGUAAAUAUUUUCAUUUUCAAAAAAAAACUAAAAUACUAUAAUCCAUCUAACUUUAAACAAUGACAAUGAAAUGAAACAAUUUUGACUAGGGAUGAUACUGGAUGAUGUCAGUGCCUCGUAAUUCAGCUAGGAAGUGCCAAACUCCAGGCUCAAGUUUGAGAAAAAAAUAACAACUCAACUAUAGACUAAAUAAGAUGAAAUUUCCAUAGUAUUGCAUUUCAUUAUUUUUCAAUUUUUUAAAUAUAUUUAAUCCUCACUGUAAAGUGACAAAUCUUGGUUACAAUUGACAACCAAAAUGAGUCACUUCUGGAUACUAAGAAAAAGACAUUGUCAGAAAUUAUAUGGCAAUUUUUGAACAUGAUUUUGUUAAUAAUUUGUUGUACAGAUUAUAAUUGUUUACCUUGGCUACAAUGCAACAAUUUUUACUUGCACAUAUUGUGUUAAAAUUUUAAAAUGCUCAACAUUUUUCUGUUGUUUUAUAAACAUAUUUUAUUAUAUCUUCACCUUUGUAUGCUAACUAUUUAUUUGGAUUUGGUUUUA